AUGCAGGUCGUCCACGACGUGCGCUGUCAGGUGUGUGGUGCAGAACUGGGGGUCGAUGUCACUCGUUCCUUCUUCCGCCGUAAUGCCAUUUGCGAGGAGCAUGCCCGAGCAGAGACGGUGCCAGACCCCAGCUGGAGCGGCGGCCUCAUGCGCUUCUGCCAGCAGUGCACGCGGCUGCAGCCACUGGCCCAGUUCGACGGCACCCGCCGCUCCUGCCGCGCCAGCCUUUCUAAGCGGCGCAUCAGGAAGCGGCCCGGCGGCAGCCCCCGCGGCGGCAAGCGUACCGCGUUGUACGCGCGGUGCGGCGGCGGCAACACCCUGCACGGCAGCAACAGCGACAGCGAGGGCAGCGGCGGCGGCCACGGCAGCAGCGACAACCUGCGCAUGCAGUACGGGCCGCACCGCCACCAGCUGCCGCCGCACCCACAGUGGUACGAGGCCAGCGGCAGCGCCAGCCUGCGAAGCAGCAACUCGGAGCAGGCCAUGACGUCCGGCUCGGCGCCUGCCCCGCCCAGCUGGGGAGGGCCGGCGGCAGCCGGGGCCGCGGAGCAGACGCAGCGCUGGCUUGCCGCACGCCAAGCGCCACCCCGUGGGGCGUUUCCGAGCGGGCCCGUGGCUGCCGCAGCGGCGUCAGCCCCACCGCCGGGCCCCGCCGUCGGCAGCGUUCUUGCCAACCUCAGCACAACAGACCUGCAGCGGCUUGCGUCUCUGCUGGAGCGGCUGCAAAGCCCAUUGCCACAGCCGCCGCUGCAGCCGCAACAGAGCGCAUACCUCGCACCCAGCCUGGCACCGCUGCUGUACCGGGCGCCGCUGCCAGCCACUGGCAGCACUGCGGCAGCACAGCUGGCCCAGAUGCUGGCAGGGUUGGGGACUUCGGCCGCACACGUACGCCAGGCGCUGGCCGGUCUGGGGCCCGCAGGCGCCCUGCUCUUGCAGCAGAUUGACGCCGUGUCGCAGCGGGAGCUGCAGCAGAGGCAGCAGCAGCAGGAGCAGCAGCUGCACGAGGCGCAGGCCAGGCUGGCGCAGCUGCUGCAGGCGGUGCUCGCGCCCACGGCCAGCAGCGGGCAGCAGCAGCAGCAGCAGGAGCAGCUGGUAGCUCCCCCACCUGCAGUUGGCACUGAUACGCCGGCCGGGACCACCACGGAUGCGGCAGCGGAGGCCAGCACCGGUGCGGCAACCGGGACCAGCGCGAGCGCAGCUGCCGGCAACAGCACCUCAGCACAGCCCGACCCUGUGCUGCAGCAGUUCUUGGGCAUGCUGCUGUCUGCAGCGCAGGCACCGGCGGCCCCACAACCGUGA